AUGUCUGGGCUCUCCGUCUACAAGGAACUCAACCAGUCGUUGAUAAAUAGAGGUUAUCUGUCUGAAGGAGUGAUCUUUGAAGAUGAAAAUACUGUGAGAAACCAGAAAGUGGCUCAGGUCAUUGAACGUCUUCUAGACUCCAUAGACAAUAACAGAACAAUCAGAGACGAUCUUCUCUUACGGGAAAAAGAUCAUUUACAAGUGAUAGACUCCCUGAAAACUGACCAAUCUCUCUUGAAGAAGCGUAUUAGCACUUUGGAGGCCAAGUCAACUUCUCAAGAGAGACAUAUUAACCAGUUAACAGCACAGAUCGAUGAAUUGACAAGUUCAGUGCAAACAAACAUUAAACAACACAACAAGACUAAAUCACAACUACAAACUGUACUCCAAUCAUCUAAUGCAGAAUUCAGGAGGAAAGACCUUCAGAUUGAUCAACUCCAAGAAAAGCUAGUCGCAAAACAGUUGGGUAUUAAAGGGAAAGUAUUCUCCCUAUACAGUCUUCCUAUCAUGCCUGAUGAUCAACCAAAGAAGAGACAAAAAAUAGCCGAGUCUUCAACGGAGACUCAAAAGUUAACCCCAGUGGAGAGAUUUCCCGUAGCACAGAAAGAAACCAUGACUUUGCUGUCUGAUUUAUAUGAUAUAAUCUACUCACUGAUUCAAGAUAAUAACUCUAAAACCAGGUACUUGACUAUUUACAACAAUUUCAUCAAGAAUUUAGUAAGGUUCAUUUCAAAGAUUGCAAACUACGACGGCAAAAUAUCGUAUGACCUAAGAGAAGAGUAUGCCCAAUUGACUUCAAUGGAGAUAAAUUCCCCUCCUGGGUCUGCCUCUACAGUUCAUGAGACAAAAGAAGAGUUGGUGAAGUCUCUACAAUUAUCGAAAACAGAAUCAGAGAAUAUUCUCAGACAGUUUUCUUCCCAAAUGAAUGAACUAUACAACUCUUUAGGAAAUGCUUUUGAACUGAAUGAACUAUCUGCAGACUCGGAAGUUGCCUCCAGAAACGGUCUCAAACAACAACUACAUGAAAGGGAGACACAGAUUGAAUCUCUUCGAAAAGAGCUGGAAAGUGUAACACAUAAUUGGAAGGCUGCUAUUGAAACGAUGGAGAAGUGGAAAAAAUACAGAACGAAGAAAGGCAUAUAG